CAUACUUUGGAGCUAACUGAUGUACGAUAAGUAUUUUUUUUUUUUAAAGGUUAAACAUAUUUAUUGCUUUGUUCCUCCCAACCACCCGCCCAGUAACAGCUUAAUGGUGCCCUGUUCAGAUAGGAAAUCAUGACCCUUAAAUUGGCCCUUCUCCAUAAGUGAAGUUAUAAGAGCAAAUCUUUACACAGAAUGAGAGUGAUACACACUUUAAAUGCCUCGUCCUCACAUGACAUCAGAACCAUAUCAGCCUCCCAAGUUAGACCAGACAGGAAACACAACAAGAUGAACAAAUUCAAACUUAUUAUUAGAAUAUGAACAGAAACUUGCAAGCCUGAAAGUACAAAACUCCCACUGUCUCUCUUUACCACCUCGUUACUUAGGGUGUAUCCUUUCUUAAGUUUCUUUCUUGCCCAUUACUCAUUUGUCUGCUCCUCUUCCCUUUUAUCUGAUUAUUUCCUGGGCAGCUUUGUCUUCCUUCCAUCUUCCAAGGUCAUUCUCACAUUCCAUUACAAACUAAUAGCUGUCUUCACAGUUAUAGGUAGAAUCUGAACACUCUGGCAGGGAGCCUGGUGUAAGAUAAGUAUGGGAAGCCAAAAAAAUGACUUGUGUUCUCGGGGGCUCAGCAGAUAACAGGUGUGGGAUUAGCAGGAUAGGAAAAAAGCUGUUUGCCUGCAAGAACCAUCAGAGUCAUUUGGCAGAGGUAAACACACUUUAGGCUGUCAGCGCAUACAUACAUCUUUUUAAUAUCCCCCACUUUAGAAAAACCACAUAGAGUGGUAUCUCAGUACUUGUCCUUAAUUGGUUCCGGGAGGCACGUAGAGUACUAAAAAGGACGAGUACCAAACAAAUCAUGUGACUUGACAUGUGACCUUUUGUUUUGGUCAGGAAGGACUUCCUAUCUGCCCCUUUUCCGAUGUCAGCAACAUUUCCAGCAUGGCCGACUUCCUGUCCGCCCUCUGUGGCUGUCCCUCACUUCCUUUUACAGUGACCGUCCCAGCAUGGCUGACUUCUUGCCCACUCUCUGCCGUUGACCCCCCCAACUUCCUUUUGCAGUGCCUCAAGUACCAAACAAACAACAUUUUCACGUCAAAAUGCAUCGAGUACCAAAUUCGACGAGUUUCGAAGCAGCCUAGUACCCAGAAUGGACAGGCAGCUCCAGAGGAGAGAAAAGAGGCUUUGCCAAAGGCAAAGCGGGAGCCCACUUGGAUUGAGAGAGACAUGAAAACCCCAGAGAAGAAUGAAGGUUCUGUCCAAGAAUAUACAAUCACAUAUCUUGUGAAAGAAGGUUCCGAGAAGGCCGACCCGUCUCAGUUUGAGCUCCUUAAAGUUCUUGGACAAGGUUCCUUUGGCAAGGUCUUUCUUGUCAGAAAAAUCAGCCCGCCAGAUAACGGCCACCUCUACGCCAUGAAGGUCCUCAAGAAGGCAACUCUGAAAGUGCGUGAUCGUGUGAGGACCAAAAUGGAAAGAGAUAUUCUCGUUGAAGUAAACCACCCGUUCAUCGUGAAACUCCAUUAUGCUUUCCAAACAGAAGGUAAAGUGUACCUCAUCCUCGAUUUCCUCAGGGGAGGGGACCUCUUCAUGCGCCUUUCCAAAGAGGUGAUGUUCACAGAGGAAGAUGUGAAGUUCUACCUUGCAGAACUGGCGCUAGGACUCGGCCACUUGCAUCGUUUGGGAAUUGUGUACAGGGACCUCAAGCCAGAGAAUAUUCUCCUAGACGAUGAAGGACAUAUCAAACUUACAGACUUUGGUUUAAGCAAAGAAGCCAUUGACCACGAGAAGAAGGCCUACUCUUUCUGUGGAACCGUGGAGUACAUGGCGCCAGAAGUAGUAAAUCGCCAGGGCCACACCCAAAGCGCAGACUGGUGGUCCUAUGGAGUACUAAUGUUUGAGAUGCUGACGGGGGCUUUGCCGUUCCAAGGGAAGGACAGGAAGGAAACGAUGACGCUCAUUCUUAAAGCAAAGCUGGGCAUGCCCCAAUUUCUAAGCUGUGAAGCCCAAAGUCUUCUGCGAGCCCUUUUCAAGAGGAACCCAAUCAACAGGUUAGGAUCUGGCCCAGAUGGUGUUGAAGAAAUCAAACGUCACUCUUUCUACUCUACCAUUGACUGGAAUAAGCUUUUCCGUCGAGAAAUCAAGCCACCGUUCAAACCUGCUGUGGGCCGGCCGGAUGAUACCUUUUAUUUUGACAAAGAAUUUACCUCCCGCACACCCAAAGAUUCACCCGGAAUUCCACCUAGUGCAGGAGCCCAUCAGCUCUUCCGAGGAUUCAGCUUUGUGGCCACUGGACUGAUAGAGGAUGAGAAAGCUAAAUCACCACCUAUGCCUUUGCAUUCUGUAGUUCAGCAACUGCAUGGGAAGAAUCUCCAGUUUAAUGAUGGUUACUUGCUUAAAGAAGCCAUCGGUGUGGGCUCUUAUUCGGUAUGCAAGCGAUGUAUUCACAAGGCAACCAGCACAGAAUACGCAGCCAAGAUUAUUGAUAAGAGUAAGCGAGAUCCCUCCGAGGAAAUUGAGAUACUCCUACGGUACGGACAGCAUCCAAACAUCAUCACACUGAAGGACGUGUACGAUGAUGGCAAGCAUGUUUACCUGGUGACUGAACUAAUGAGAGGCGGGGAGCUGCUAGACAGGAUUCUCAAGCAGAAGUGUUUUUCAGAAAGAGAAGCAAGCUCCGUCCUGCACACGAUCUGCAAGACCGUGGAAUAUCUUCACUCCCAGGGGGUGGUCCAUAGAGACUUGAAACCUAGCAACAUCCUCUACGUAGAUGAGUCCAGCAACCCAGAAUGUAUUCGUAUUUGUGACUUUGGGUUUGCCAAGCAACUGAGGGCAGACAACGGGCUCCUCAUGACCCCUUGCUAUACUGCCAACUUCGUUGCUCCAGAGGUUUUGAAACGCCAAGGCUACGAUGAGGCCUGUGAUAUUUGGAGCUUAGGAAUCCUUCUGUACACAAUGCUAGCAGGGUAUACUCCGUUUGCAAAUGGGCCCAGUGAUACCCCUGAAGAGAUCCUUGUUCGGAUAGGCGGUGGAAAGUUUUCCCUCAAAGGAGGAAAUUGGAACACCGUUUCUGAUGCAGCCAGAGAUUUAGUAUCCAAGAUGCUCCAUGUUGAUCCGCAUCAGCGCUUGACUGCUAAACAGGUACUCCAACACCCGUGGAUAACCCAGAAGGACAAGUUGCCUCAGAGCCAAUUAAGUCACCAGGAUGUGCAGCUUGUAAAGGGUGCCAUGGCUGCCACAUACUCUGCACUGAACAACUCGAAGCCAAGCCCCCAACUGAAGCCUAUUGAAGCCUCUUUCUUGGCACAAAGGCGGGUUAAGAAGCUCCCAUCGACCACUCUGUGAUAUGGGAAUACAGGGUAAUUCUCCACCAUCCCAAGUUGUGACUCUGCACAAACUCCCCUGGUAUUUUCCAGGGGCACAGGAAAGUGUCACUCCACCAAGAAGUCCAUCAGGGCCAAGUGCCUUCAGAAAGAUUAGCUCUUGUUCUCCUCAUGGAUGUCUUUUUUUGUUGUUGUUGUGAUGUGUUGUUCUUAAAUGAACAGAGAGGCUAUUUAAAAAGGAAUCUAUGUAGAUGUAGGUAAGAAGAUGAACAUGCAAUAAUCUUCCCGCAAAACACCUCUACCUGCAAAUGGCCAUGCCUUAGACAAGUUGAGAACUCAGCAACUCAAACCUGGUAACAGCUGAAAGUGUGCUUUCACUGCUUCUCUCAUCAAGAUCACUCCAGUGGAGAUGUUUUUCUUUUUUUUUUUAAAAGGGCCCCUCAGUACAGACACACACUUUUUACAUGAUUUGUGAGUUCUCGUGUGCACACGCUGAGCUUCCUGCUCCUUAUCAUCCAAGCCAGGUGGCUGUUACUCAAGAUGGUUUUGAAGAACUCUUGACUCAUCUCUUCCCUCUUUCCCUUUUCAACAUCAUGUGAUUGAAGACUACUCCAUCCGACUGGUUGGAAUUGCAUACUUUUUCUAAAAUCCUCAAAUCCUGUGGACUCUUGAAAUCUAUGCCAGAUUGUAUCUAGCUUUUAAAUGUGUAAUGAGCCUGCAAGAAAAUGCUUUUUCAAUGGUGAAAAUGUCCAGAUUUUCUAGAUGGAGAAAGGGGAAGAGGGUUUCUGUUUGUUUGUUUGUUUGUUUAUCUGUUUGUUUUAAACUCUGCCAAACAGCACAAUCCAGCACCUCCAUGAUGCUAAGUGCAACCAAAAAAAGUCAUUAUUGCUCUUUUCCUUUUUUUUUUUUUUAAUUUAACUGAUUGUGUAGCUGGUAACUCAGGGUUUCUGUCUGAAUUUUGAAAUAAAACAUAUCAUGCAGCUUGAAGUUA